GUCAGUCAGACUGUGACGUGCAGUCUUCCUGUUUCCUUCAGCUGUGUCUUAAAGUAAAUCUUGUUGUGGAGCGGAGCCCUCAGCUGAGGGAGCGCUCUGAAAUAAUACACCAUUGCAGCCGGGGAAAGCAGAGCGGCGCAAAAGAGCUCUCGCCGGGUCCGCCUGCUCCCUCUCUGCUUCGCUCCUCUUCUCUUCUUCCCUCUUCUUUUCUGCUUUCUUCUCUCUUCUUCUCUCCUCUUCUCCUCUCCCUGCUUUCUCCUCUUCCCUUUUCUCCUCUCAUUUUCUUUUUUUCUCCGCUUCCUUCCACUCCUCUCCUCCUCUCGCCCCUUCUCUCCAGCUCUCCUCUCCCCUCCCCGCCCUCCCUCUCUCUCUCCCCUCUCCCUCUCCCACUCGCCCGCUCGCUCGCUCUCGCACAGACUCACCGUCCCUUGUCCAAUUAUCAUAUUCAUCACCCGCAAGAUAUCACCGUGUGUGCGCGCGCGUGUUUUCCUCUCUCAGCCGGCAAAGAGAGAGAGAGAGAGAGAGAGAGAGAGAGAGAGAGAGAGAGAGAGACUCGGUCCCACUGCUCUCUGCACCGCGGUCCCGGGAUUCUUGAGCUGUGCCCAGCUGACGAGCUUUUGAAGAUGGCACAAUAACCGUCCAGUGAUGCCUGACCAUGACAGCACAGCCCUCUUAAGCCGGCAAACCAAGAGGAGAAGAGUUGACAUUGGAGUGAAAAGGACGGUAGGGACAGCAUCUGCAUUUUUUGCUAAGGCAAGAGCAACGUUUUUUAGUGCCAUGAAUCCCCAAGGUUCUGAGCAGGAUGUUGAGUAUUCAGUGGUGCAGCAUGCAGAUGGGGAAAAGUCAAAUGUACUCCGCAAGCUGCUGAAGAGGGCGAACUCGUAUGAAGAUGCCAUGAUGCCUUUUCCAGGAGCAACCAUAAUUUCCCAGCUGUUGAAAAAUAACAUGAACAAAAAUGGUGGCACGGAGCCCAGUUUCCAAGCCAGCGGUCUCUCUAGUACAGGCUCCGAAGUACAUCAGGAGGAUAUAUGCAGCAACUCUUCAAGAGACAGCCCCCCAGAGUGUCUUUCCCCUUUUGGCAGGCCUACUAUGAGCCAGUUUGAUAUGGAUCGCUUAUGUGAUGAGCACCUGAGAGCAAAGCGUGCCCGGGUUGAGAAUAUAAUUCGGGGUAUGAGCCAUUCCCCCAGUGUGGCAUUAAGGGGCAAUGAAAAUGAAAGAGAGAUGGCCCCGCAGUCUGUGAGUCCCCGAGAAAGUUACAGAGAAAACAAACGCAAGCAAAAGCUGCCCCAGCAGCAGCAACAGAGUUUCCAGCAGCUGGUUUCAGCCCGAAAAGAACAGAAGCGAGAGGAGCGCCGACAGCUGAAACAGCAGCUGGAGGACAUGCAGAAACAGCUGCGCCAGCUGCAGGAAAAGUUCUACCAAAUCUAUGACAGCACUGAUUCUGAAAAUGAUGAAGAUGGUAACCUGUCUGAAGACAGCAUGCGCUCCGAGAUCCUGGAGGCGCGGGCCCAGGACUCGGUUGGGAGGUCCGACAACGAGAUGUGUGAGCUCGACCCAGGUCAGUUCAUCGACCGGGCUCGAGCCCUGAUCCGAGAGCAGGAGCUGGCUGAAAACAAGCCCAAGCGAGAAGGCAACAACAAAGAAAGAGACCACGGGCCAAACUCCUUACAACCAGAAGGCAAACAUUUGGCGGAGACCUUGAAACAAGAACUGAACACUGCCAUGUCACAAGUUGUGGACACUGUGGUCAAGGUAUUUUCGGCCAAGCCUUCCCGCCAGGUUCCUCAGGUCUUCCCACCUCUCCAGAUCCCCCAGGCCAGAUUUGCAGUCAACGGGGAAAAUCACAAUUUCCACACCGCCAACCAGCGCCUGCAGUGCUUUGGUGACGUCAUCAUUCCGAACCCCCUGGACACCUUUGGCAACGUGCAGAUGCCCAGUUCCACAGACCAGACAGAAGCACUGCCCCUGGUUGUCCGCAAAAACUCAUCUGACCAGUCUGCCUCCGGCCCGGCCGCUGGCGGCCACCACCAGCCCCUGCACCAGUCACCUCUCUCUGCCACCGCAGGCUUCACCACCUCCACCUUCCGCCACCCCUUUCCCCUUCCCUUGAUGGCCUACCCAUUUCAGAGUCCAUUAGGUGCUCCCUCUGGCUCCUUCUCUGGAAAAGACAGAGCCUCUCCUGAAUCCUUAGACUUAACUAGGGAUACGACGAGUCUGAGGACCAAGAUGUCAUCCCACCAUCUGAGCCACCAUCCUUGUUCACCAGCACACCCACCCAGCACCGCCGAAGGGCUCUCCUUGUCGCUCAUAAAGUCUGAGUGUGGCGAUCUGCAAGACAUGUCCGAAAUCUCACCUUAUUCGGGAAGUGCAAUGCAGGAAGGAUUGUCACCCAAUCACUUGAAAAAAGCAAAGCUCAUGUUCUUUUAUACCCGUUACCCCAGCUCCAAUAUGCUGAAGACCUACUUCUCCGAUGUAAAGUUCAACAGAUGCAUUACCUCUCAGCUCAUCAAGUGGUUUAGCAAUUUCCGUGAGUUCUACUACAUUCAGAUGGAGAAGUAUGCACGUCAAGCCAUCAACGAUGGGGUCACCAGUACGGAGGAGCUGUCUAUAACCAGAGACUGUGAGCUGUACAGGGCUCUGAACAUGCACUACAAUAAAGCAAAUGACUUUGAGGUUCCAGAGAGAUUCCUGGAAGUUGCGCAGAUCACAUUACGGGAGUUUUUCAAUGCCAUUAUCGCAGGCAAAGAUGUUGAUCCUUCCUGGAAGAAGGCCAUAUACAAGGUCAUCUGCAAGCUGGAUAGUGAAGUCCCUGAGAUUUUCAAAUCCCCAAACUGCCUACAAGAGCUGCUUCAUGAGUAGAAACUUCAACAACUCUUUUUGAAUGUAUGAAUAGUAGCAGUCCCCUUUGGAUGUCCAACUUAUGUGUCUAGGUUUUGAUUUCAUAUAUAUGUGUAUGGGAGGCAUGGAUAUGUUAUGAAAUCAGCUGGUAAUUCCUCCUCAUCAUCAUCUCUCUCAUUUCCUUUUGUUUUCCACUAUGAGGGGAUGGUUAUUUUUCCUUCCGCCUUUAGUUUACUUUUGCCCACGGCCCUUAACAUUUGGAGACUUAACAUAGGGUUAAUUUUCAGGGAAAAAGAAUGUUGGCGUGUGUAAAGUCUACAUUAGCAAGGAAGGGCAUUUGUGAAAGAUGCAUCCGCUGGAUUGGUGGCUUAUUGCAAAUGGCGGUUGGCUGAGGUAAACCAUGACACAGCACAGCUCUACUGACAUUGAUGUGUCUCUUGUUUUUAAUUGUUAAGAAGGUCUGGAAACUCAAUGAAACCACUUCAUACACUGAAGUAUUCUGUUUGGUUUGAACUCAGUAAGUAGCUUUUUCUUAUGUGUUUAAAAAUAAUCCCAAUGACAGAUGAGCAGCUCACUUUUCAAAAAUACCCCAACAGUCCAAAUUAAAAAAGAAAAAAUAAUAAUCACUGUCGGUCUUUUCCUAAGAGCAAAAUGGCAAACACCCCCAAACUCGUACCAAUUUCUAAUGGAGGCAAAGCAAUUUUGUACAAAACUAACUCUUUCAAGAUAAGACUGGAAUCACACAUGAUCCUUUAGCCACCUCUGUCAACUUUAUAAUAGGUUCUUCACAAUAAGUGAGCUUAGAUCACUCUUCAUAGAGAAAAGCCCUAUAACUUGUUAUCAUUUUCUAUUUAUUUUGCUUCAGAUAUUAAAAGGCACAUAAGCUUCAAUUAUAUUCUUUGCUUGACUUUGUUUAUAUGCUUAAAAGAAUUAUUAUUUGUUUAAUUAACUCUUUUUUUUUUUCUAAGACACUAUACCUUUCUACAGUAAGGAAUAAAAGAAAUCCCAAUGGACCAUAAAAUCCUUGCCUACACUACAAGUUUGUUGACAGCUGUCAGCUGACUUGAUCUUUGCCUCCUAAGAGGAGGACGUGUGAGAAUGACCUGUUUCCAUAUAUACAGCUCUACACUACCCUGAUGGGUAUUCAAAGUGGCGACAGUCUAAGUGUUUUUUUUUUCAUUUUAGGUAUAACGUUUGAAAGCAAUUGAUAAUGUCUCUUCUAAGUCAGAAGCUAGGAUUGACCAAAAUGUGAGAAUAGUGUAUAGCAUAGGAAAAUUUGGGGUUAACCCAAAAGACACAAUUUCAGCACACCUAAGAAAGCUAGCUGCUAUUUUAAGCUUUCUUCAAUGAUUCUCCUCUUUUUUCUUUCUUUUCUUUUUUUUUCCCAGUUUUUUUCAGUGAUGUACAAUGUCCCAUACGUGCAUUUAAGAAAAAAAAAAAAAUCUAACAGCAUUCACACUUGUUUUCUUAGAUCAAUUUUUAUGUGUGGAUGGAGUCAAAUUCAUGAUUCAUUCUAAUGGCGUUUUCCAGGCCCCUUCUUCCCCUCAGAUAAUUUGAUAUACACCUCCUAAAAUGACACAGUAACAAAUCUGGUAUUUAAAACAUACAGAACAUAAAUGCCAUUUCCCUUAAUUUUUAUAAAAAAUCAUAUUUGACUUUGGAGACUGCAGGUUGACCCAUGUGACUGACUAGCUGACCCGUUCGCUGUAAUUUAACAUCAUUUAUAAAUUCUGCUGAUGGACAGGAAUGUAUGAACACAAUUAUUGUCAGCACAAAGCCUUAAAACCUGCUGACUUUAAAUUAAAUGGUGCAGUCCUGUGAUGCCGGGCAUCAUUCAGGAGACUCACAGGCCCUCACAGUGUGGACAGAGUGUGCUGCGGUUGGGGCUGGGGCGCCAACCUUUUCGCUCAGCCCCCACGGUCGCACACAUCUAUCUCCCAGCUCACACCCUCACACUCAUGCACACUGAAUCAUUAGGAUCCAAUUUGUCUUUUUUUUUUUUUUUUGGCUUACUUUAAAAGAAAAAAAAAGUUUGGAUAAUCAUUAUAUUGGAAUAAAAGUCUAGGGGAAAAAAAAAAAAGAUUCCAAUCAGCACAAGUAGAGAAGCCAACUGAAUUUGCUUCAUAGGGAAGAGUCUGACAUUCGUUGUUCAUGUCAGCAUGCAACUGGUCUUUGCUUUUCCUGGUAAUUCCUAACAUCAACGUUGUGUUGCCCUGGGUGGGCGAGGUAAAGGGCAAAACAGCAGAGCAGUGGUUCACCUGGGUAGAGAGAUGACUAGGUGUCUUAAUCUGGGGCAAGUGAAAUACUGAUUCCAGACUUAUUUGGAUUUUUCAUAUUAUUAUCCCCUGCCUUUCUAAUUUAGAUAGAUAAAUUAAGUAAAAGUGUGUGUUUACAACCUAGUGUCGAUGCACUUACAGCACUGAGAAUAUCCCCUCAGUGUUUACCGAGGCACAGAAAUGAUUUCAGAGUCAAAAAUUGCAGCUUGAGAGAAACUCACCUCUUUGUUCUGAAAACAGAACUCGACCACUCUGCUUUUCAGAUCGUUUUCCCCCUUUUACAAUCUUGUGCCUCCGAGUGCAUUGGAAAAUGAUGAAAACCUGUCUCUCAAAAACUCCUAUUUAACAGUUACUUGAAAAACAAAAAUCACCAACUUUCAAAUCUUAACUCUCACCACGUGAAAAUUGGGUUCCAUGGGAGAAAGUUGACUUUCCGCGGUGGGAGGGUGAAGGAUGAGGGACAGUUUACACAGGAGAGAAAAAAAAAAAAAAAGAGUCUAAAGUCCAUGUUGAAAUUCCACAUUACACUUAUUUUCUGCUAAUUCUAAAUUAGUUUUACGUGUACACUUGAGGUUAUAGUCUGUGCCUAGAUCUAAAUGCACCAGCGGGGGGAUUUUUAAAAAUCCUUCAAAAUACCAGUUUUUUCCCACAAGUACAAUUGUUCUUGUGCCUUCUGUGGCUUUCGAUUUCAUCUUUUUGACUUUAUUUCCAAUUACUACAGCUGCAAUAAACACUAGAUUUUUUUUCUGGCUGUUUGACGUAAUGUUGAUAGCUAUGCAUAUUUUGUGUCUUUUUAAAACAAAGCGGGAGAAUACGUUUUUGAAGAAGAGAAUUUUUAGAACAGUUUGAUACCGCAAAUUAUUUUUUUCCUCAAUUGUUUGAGCAGCAUUCGAGUUUUGAAAAUUCUUGUAGAAGCCAAUUUUUUGUAACUGUGGUGCAAAUCUUGUGUUUUCUUAGCCUAAUGAAAAGUAGUAUAGAAGCAAUAUUUCAUACCAUGUGCUAUGUAUGUGUGUGCAGAUGUGUGAACAUAAAAGCACAUACACACAUAUACACACAUGUAAAAAUAUACAUAUAUAUAUGCGUGUGAAGUGGAAAGCUUACCUUUUCCUAUCUAGAUUUAAGAACCUAUUUUAGACAUUUGUUAUGUUUUGUGAAAAGAAUGUUCUAUUUGCAACAACAAAACAUUUAAUUCUUACUGUCUCUCUGGCUGUUUAAAUGAGGACGUUUCACAUUAAAUGGUAAAACACGUGGAAGAUGUUAGAAUGUAGUAAUUAUUUAAGUAAAUGUUCACCCACAUACUCCUGAA